AUGCUUAAAGAGCGUCCAGGGAUGGCGGAAGAGCCUCAGCAGCAAAUGAGUGUCCCUGUGGUGAAGCUGGAGAAAGAGCUGCCAUGGGGAAAGGGAAGGGAGGACUCUAGUCCUGAGACAUUCCGUCUGAAGUUUCGGCAGUUCCGCUACCAGGAGGCAGCUGGACCCCAGGAAGCCCUCAGGGAGCUCCAGGAACUCUGUCGUCGGUGGCUGAGGCCAGAGCUGCACACCAAGGAGCAGAUCCUGGAGCUGCUGGUGCUGGAGCAGUUCCUCACCAUCCUGCCCCGGGAGCUCCAGGCCUGGAGUCAGGAGCACUGCCCGGAGAGUAGCAAGGCCUUGGUUGCCAUGAUGGAAGACAUGACAGAGAGAGCACUGGAGGCCAAGGCGGUUCCAUGCCAUGUGCAGGGAGAGCAGGACGAGACAGCACUUUGCCGAGACUCUUGGGAGCGAGGUGUCCACCUCGGGCCAGUGGAGGUCAAGCCUGAGUGGGGACUGCCCCACAGGGAAGGAGCGCAAGGCCUAGAUCAAAGUACUGAGGAACAACUCACUCAGGACCCUGGAGAUGGGACACAGGCCUUCCAGGAGCAGGCUCUGCCUCUUCUUCAGGCUGGUCCCGGUCUCCCCUCAGUGAACGCCAGAGACCAAGGGAUGGCAGCUGGGUUUCUUACAACAGGACCCCAGGGGUUGGGGCCAUUUAAAGAUAUGGCUCUGGCCUUCCCUGAAGAAGAAUGGAGGCAUGUAACCCCAGCCCAGAUAGACUGCUUUGGUGAAUAUGUGGAACCAGAGGAUUGUGGGGUCUCAUCUCCAGGCAUUGGGAGCAAGGAAAGGGAGACUAAAACCCAGCAGGAGGACAUUAAAGGGUCACUUGUUGGAUUGACAUCAGAGAGGUUUGAGGACGCUGUUCUCCAAAGCCCUGAACUUGGAAGGACCUGUGACCAGGAGCCCAGUAGUUCUGUGGGACACAUGCCAGGACUUCCUACUUCCCAGCAUGGUAUCAUACCCCUGCCUGAUGACCUCAAAACUCACAACUCCUUCUGGAAGCCUUUUCAGUGCCCUGAGUGUGGGAAAGGCUUCAGUCGGAGCUCAAAUCUUGUUAGACACCAGCGAACCCAUGAAGAGGAGAAAUCAUAUGGUUGUGUUGAGUGUGGGAAAGGCUUUACUCUGAGAGAAUACCUUAUGAAACACCAGAGAACCCACUUAGGAAAGAGGCCUUAUGUGUGUAGUGAGUGCUGGAAAACCUUCAGCCAGAGACACCAUCUUGAGGUCCACCAGAGAAGUCACACAGGAGAGAAACCCUACAAGUGCACUGACUGCUGGAAAAGCUUUGGUCGUAGGCAGCAUCUUCAGGUGCACCGGAGAACUCACACUGGGGAGAAGCCCUAUACCUGCGAGUGCGGCAAAAGCUUCAGCAGGAACGCGAACCUGGCAGUGCAUCGGCGAGCCCACACGGGGGAGAAGCCCUAUGGGUGCCAGGUGUGCGGGAAGCGUUUCAGUAAAGGGGAGCGACUGGUCAGGCACCAGAGGAUCCACACAGGAGAGAAGCCCUACCACUGCCCUGCCUGUGGGAGAAGCUUCAACCAGAGGUCCAUCCUUAACCGACACCAGAAAACUCAGCAUCGCCAGGAAACCCCCGGGCUCCAGUGCGGCCUGAGUCAGCCUGCUUCUAGCUAUAUCCUUCCGCCGAGUCUGCGCGAGCCUCCGGGCGGGUCCCUCCCCCCCUCGAACCAGGGCCGCAGAAGCCCUGCCUCUUGGCACCCCUACAGCAGCGGUCGCAAUCGGAGAGGCCCGUGUGUGCACUCAUCUCAGGCACGCGCACUCCCGCUGUCCCGGCGCGUAGGCAGAGGUCCGCCAGCUCCUCCGCGGACCCCGCGUGCUUGCCGGAGACCCCCGCCCGUGUGCGUCUCCCCUCGCGGACCGGUACACGUGCACCCCGCCUGCCUGCCCGCCAAGAUGGCCUGCUCACAGCUAUCGCUGGCGGCUGCAGCCAAAGAGCUCAAGUCGCGCAAGACCCAUGCCCCGGCCCAGCGUCUGCCCUCUGCUAAGCAAGCGGACCCAAGCAGCAUCAUGUCGGCGCCGGCAGCCAAAGUCAGUGAAAGAGGGCUAAGCGCCGGGUGCACGGCUCCCUACCCCCUGCGCUGCGAAGGCCUGAGGAGCAUUUUCCUGCCCCUGAACCAAAGCCGUGGAAGCCUGAUCACCCUGCCUUCAAAGUGUCUUUCAGCUGUGUUUCCCAAUCUGCAGCUGGUCUGA